UGUCUGUAUUCCUUGUCUUUGCCGUGGGAGCCACUUAAACCGGGAUCGGGAGCCGCAGGAACCGGGACUGGAAAAUGGGCUCGCUAGAGACACCGACAAGCACGGAAAACGGUUCUGCACCUGUCGCCGGUAACGGGAAAGCUCCCGCUGCCGAUGGAGUACCCUUGCCGCACACGGGAGAUGUCGAAAUGGCUUCGGAGAAGCCGCUGGAAUCCGAUCAGUCAAAGAAGCGAAGGAUUGCUUUGCUUCCCCUGGAGGUUGGUACCAGGGUCUUGUGCCGGUGGAGGGAUGGAAAGUUUCACCCUGUAAAAGUCAUUGAACGCCGCAAGAUUCCAACCGGUGGCCCCAAUGAUUAUGAGUACUACGUCCAUUACACUGAGUUUAAUAGGAGGCUUGACGAGUGGGUGAAGCUAGAGCAACUUGAUCUUGAUUCAGUGGAGGCUGUUGUUGAUGAGAAAGUGGAGGAUAAGGUGACAAGCUUGAAGAUGACACGCCACCAAAAGAGGAAGAUUGAUGAGACACAUGUAGAGGAGGGGCAUGAGGAACUUGAUGCCGCUAGCUUGCGAGAGCAUGAGGAAUUUACAAAAGUGAAAAAUAUAGCCACUAUUGAGCUUGGAAGAUAUGAGAUUGAGACUUGGUACUUCUCCCCAUUCCCACCAGAAUACAAUGACUGUGUGAAGCUGUACUUUUGUGAAUUUUGUCUCAAUUUCAUGAAGCGCAAAGAACAGCUUCAGAGGCAUAUGAGGAAAUGUGACCUUAAGCAUCCCCCUGGUGAUGAGAUAUACAGAAGUGGUACUCUGUCAAUGUUUGAGGUUGAUGGCAAAAAGAACAAGAUUUAUGGGCAGAAUCUCUGUUAUCUGGCAAAGUUGUUUCUUGAUCACAAGACCCUCUAUUAUGAUGUAGACUUGUUUCUGUUCUAUGUUUUGUGUGAAUGUGAUGAUCGAGGAUGCCAUAUGGUUGGCUAUUUCUCCAAGGAAAAACAUUCAGAGGAAUCUUAUAAUUUGGCGUGCAUCCUCACCCUUCCACCCUACCAAAGGAAAGGCUAUGGCAAAUUUCUAAUAGCUUUCUCAUAUGAACUUUCUAAGAAGGAGGGCAAAGUUGGCACACCUGAAAGACCCCUUUCUGACCUUGGGUUGCUGAGCUACCGAGGAUAUUGGACCAGGGUUCUUUUGGACAUCUUGAAGAAGCAUAAGGGUAAUAUAUCUAUUAAGGAGCUGAGUGAUAUGACAGCCAUAAAAGCUGAAGAUAUAUUGACUACCCUUCAGAGCCUAGAGUUGAUCCAAUACAGGAAAGGACAGCAUGUUAUAUGUGCCGAUCCAAAAGUUUUGGAUCGCCAUCUCAAAGCUGCUGGAAGAGGCGGUCUGGAGGUUGAUGUCAGCAAAUUGAUCUGGACUCCUUAUAAGGAACAAGGGUGAUGGUGACAUAUCAUCCAACAGACACUUAAAUCUUGUAUGGGUAUAGAUUCUAGGAUAGAUUUAUUAAAUAUCACACUGUAUGUGUUAGCUAAAAAAGGGUUGUUGCGUACUUGAAUUAGCACAGGAGGUCCAAUGCUUCCUAUCCCUUGAAGCGAAAAUCGGAAGACCCAUGUUAGUUGCAUCUCAUCAUGCCCAUUUUGUUUGUCAUGUUCUAUGCUGCGCCGAAUCUAAUCUGCACUUGAGCUGGUUUAGCCGGGUGGGAAGGGGGGGGGGGGUUAAGCUGAGCAUAUCAGUUAGAGUCUAUUGAUGUUGAUUGUGACUAGGUGAGUCCCCUCAUGUUACACCUAGUCAAGGAAAUAAGAUGUAUCAUGUAUAAUUUGUGAAUAUUUUGAUUUGUUAUGGGCUUUCUAUAGACCCUUCCAAUGGGCCACGUUAUUUGCACAA